CUCAGCAUGAGUGUUAAAUUCCCUUCCAUCUGACGAAAUAUGAGUUUCCCAGUAAUAUUUGACUCUGACAGGACAAAUUAAACAAAACUGGUGAUUAGACUUGCGCGUUCAAUGAGUGAGAAGAGUCAUUAAUGGGGGAGUCAUACCUGAUGCAUGGAUCAAGUGGUUAAGUUCAUCUGCUGAUAGAAGAAUGGGAGAAAAAACAAGGAGCCACCUCCUCUGAAGGCCAAAAUCUUAAUGUGGGCAGGUGCAACUAUCCAGGAUAUGGAAGAAAUCAACAAGGCCACUUCAACCGAAGAACUGGAAAAGGUUCUGAGUUCAGUGUUUCAAAUCGACUCAACUGAUCCAAAGCAAAGAGUCCUGCUGGAGCUUUAUAUGAAUGCAGUAUUGUUCUGUAGAGGAAUGAAAUUCAACAAGGCACAGACAUCUACUCUGCUGUCCAUAUUUAAAAGAGUGCAUCAGGCAAAUAUUGACACAGCCCUCAAUAAUGCAGAACAGUGUUUCAACUACUGCAGUGAACUUUUGCUCUGUCAUUCUGUGCGGAGACCUCCUUUCAGCAUUGGUCUCUACAACCUGAAUCAAAUGACGGAUAUCUUGAAGUACUUCACAAACACCUAUAUGAGACACUACGCAUUGUAUAAAUACAUCUUCACCCCUCAGAGGUUUUUAGACCUUACUCUGACUUACUCUGGAACAGUAGGGGACCAUGAACCUGAUGAACUAGGGUCUCCAGCAGGAGAGAAUAAGGAUGAGGCAGAGAAGGGCAAAGAUGAAGAGAAUAAUGAGGGGAGGGAGAAAGACACAGAUGAUAAGAACAAGGAGCAAAGAACAACAGAACACUGCAGGCAGCCUGUUAAUAAUGAACAGAAGGACUUGAUCACAGGACCAGUCCUGGACAAAACAGGUUCCGCUAAAAAGGGGGAGCUUCAGAGCCUGGUCAAACAGGAAGUGAAGCAGGAGAUGCAGCGUCUGACUGGCCACCUGGAGCAGUGUCUGAAGGAGAGCACUGAACAGCUGAACACCAUCCUCGGUUCCCUGCAGACAAACCCCCAACCCAAAAAGUGAUUAAUAACUGUUAUCAUUGCCCCAAAUAAAAUCUAUUUAUAUACCCGUGACUGAAUUUAACUUAUGGAUAGACUUUAGUGUUUCCCAUACAUUCUUGUACUAAACAAAUGUGUUGAUGUAAAGCCUAUGCAGCACACUUUUAAAAGUGAAUGAGGUCCUUUGUAUUUGUUCGCUCCUCUAAAACCACCUGUUCAGAUGUUGUGUGAUGAAUACAGUUUUUAAAUCAACCCAAAGCAUC